AUGUUAAUAUUGCUAUCGCUUUUCCCGGAUGGAUAUUUGUUAGUUUUGUGGAGGAGGAAAAAUGAUGCGCUACAAUUCAGCGGCUUCGAUUCUCGUAAACGUAGCGACAGCAGUGGUUAUGAUUGUGGUAGUGGUGAUGGUGAUGAUGAUAAUGAUGAUAAUGGUGAUGAUGGUGAUGAUGAUAAUGGUGAUAAUGGUGAUGAUGAUAAUGGUGAUGAUGGUGAUGAUGAUGGUGAUGGUGGCGGUGAUGGUUCAGUUGAUGUUGAUGAUGGUGGGGCUGUGUGCUCCUUUACUCCGAUGAAAU